AGGUUAUAGUGAAAAGGUUGAGUCUGUCGUCUAUAGAGAGUGUUAUGUGUUAUGUAUUAUACAAGGGAUACAUAUGUUUGACGAUUGAUCCAGGAGACAGUGCUCAAGUGAUUGAAGUUUGUAUACAUAAUGUGACAUAGUAUACACAGUUUCCUCAUGCAUGUUAUAUAUGGAUGCCCUUUGAAGGUUGUGUGGAGUUUUGUUGGUUUUUGAUACGGAAAGCUUUUGUUUGAUGCUCGAUGUAAGCUGAUGAAUGUGACACAUUUGUUUGUUAUGGGACAGUCACCAGUGUGAUAAAAUGUCACGGCGUUUGCGAGAUUAUGUCGUGUUGGUCACCGGAAGUUCUGGGUUUCUGGGACAGCAUCUGGUGGGAUUGUUGCAAACUCACGCAGAACACGUGACUGAAAUAAGGGUUCUGGAUACACAGCCGUACGUCAAUAAAACAGAGUUCAGAGCGAAAAAGCCAGUGCGGCAUUUUGUUGGAAGUAUCAUUGACCUUGACCUUAUGAAAGAGGCAUGCAGGGGCGUAGAUUGUGUGUUCCACCUUGCUAGUAUAAUCGAUAUCUCUUUAUUUGCCGACAUGGAGAGGAGCUAUCAAAUAAAUGUCGAAGGUACGAAAACAGUCAUAGAAGCGUGUAAAACAACAGGGGUAAAACGUUUAAUAUACUGUAGUUCGGCGGGAGUGAUACUGGGGUAUGACGACAUUAUAGACGGUCGGGAAGAUGGUUUAGAGUAUCCCAGGGAGCACCUGUUUCCUGUCUAUGGAAAAACUAAGCAACAAGCCGAGGAACUUGUGAUACAAGCAAAUGGUAGUACAUUACAGACCGCGUCAAUCCGACCCGCUGCGAUAUACGGCGACCUGGACUGGAAAAGUCUUGGUACUUUGUACGGCAAUAGAUUUACCAAAGCUACUGGAUACUAUGUAUAUGUCGACUUUUCCUUUAAACACACCGACUGGGUCUAUGUGGGAAACGUUGCAUGGGCUUUUAUACAGGCAGAUAUGACGCUUCGUGAAAACAAACACCCGGAAGCUGCUGGUCAAUGCUACUUUAUUACAGAUGAUACGCCUAAAAUGGAAGGACAAGGUGCCAUGUUUACAAUGGUUAAGGACAGUGGUCUGAAACCAUUUCCUCUCUCGCCACCAAUGUGGCUACAAAUGGUAUUAAUGCGUGUAUUCAUUUUUGUGCUUACAUUUAUUUCAUUAUUUUGGACGGUGAAUUUCUCGCUAGGUAAAUGGAUAUGUUAUAUGAGGGGAAUGACAUGGUUGUUGGACAGACAGAAAGCCACUCAUCUGUUAGGGUAUGAGCCAUUAUUUGGACCAGAUGAGGUGAAACAACGAGUGGUGAAAUAUAUCAGAUCUAUUUCAAACUAGUGAUUUUCAUAAAAGUAUAGAUAGAGAUAGUAAUUAUGUACAUAUUUUAGUAUAUUUUAUAUUUAGUCUUUUCAUGAAAUAUAGUUGCACGUGUAAAUUAC